GAGGCAGAUUGGCAGAAUUUGUAUCAAGAGGUUAAGCGUGUACUAAAACCAGGUGGAAUACUUGAACAGCAUGAAUAUGAUGGACUUAGUAAUACUACAAUUUCUGGUCCGAAAUUAAAAAAAUUUCAAAAAUAUUAUAAAGAAGCAUGUAGCGCACGUGGUCUAAACGUACGAUUUGCAUGUCAACUAAAUGAGCGAGUUAAGAUGGCUGGAUUCGAAUACACACGGGCAUCAUACAUACCUGUAGCACUCGGAAAACGAGGAGGUAAGAUUGGAGAAAUAUGGGCAGCAAAUGCAAAAGAAUUUUCUCUCGCUAUGAAACCUUGGCUCGCAGG